AUGGAGACAGAGGAGAAACAAAACCCUAAUUCUCAUGAGCUUAUCAUACGAGACACACGCAACGCCUGGUCCGAGCUGCCUGCAGAUCUGUUGGUUACUGUUUUCGAACGCCUCGGCUAUGCUAAUUUCCAACGAGCCAAAUCCAUUUGUUCUUCUUGGCACUCCGCUUCCAGACAAUGUGUGCCCAAAAAGAAGAUCCAUUGGCUGAUUCUCAACAGCAAGGAUUCUUGCAUGUUGUUCAAUCCCGAGGAAAAAGACAAACUUUACCAAACGCAAGAUCUUGACUUAUCAAAAGGAGAUUGGAUUGCAACCUAUGGAGGAAGUUGGUUCCUUAUGAGCGAUGAUCUCUGCACUAAUCUCUACAUUGUGAAUAUCUUUACACACGAGAUCAUCAAUCUACCUCCCGUGGAGUCACAGCUUGGAAUGAGAAAGAUGAAGCGAGACGAAUAUAAUGGCUUUACCAUACUAUCUCCUGUGUUUUGGGUUGACGAGAAAACCAAAGAUUAUAUUGUUCUAUGGAGGCUUGAAUACAGCUGUGUUGUUUAUUCCAAGAAAGGAGAUAUGUUUUGGAAUCCAAUCCCAAAAACUUCAGAUUGUUAUGACGUGGUUUACAAGAAUCACAAGCUUUACUUGUUAGGCAGAUAUGGCGUUGUCCGUAUCUUUAGUUUAGCUGGAGAGACUCCACAAGAAAGCUUUCUAUGUCGUGUUCCUACUCCAAAUAAUGAACCAUUUGACCAACGUCUAGAAGUUCGCCACUGGAGAAACCCAUGGACUCGUUAUAGGACAAAACUUGUAGUCACAGUAACAGGACAAGUCCUCAAGGUUGUCCAAUUGUACAAAUAUUUGUCGAGAGUCUGGUCUUUCCGGGUUUACAAGGUUUGUUCAUCAGGUUUCUCGAAGAAGAAAAAACAGAUCAAGUCUUUGGGAGACGAGACAAUGCUUUUUGAACAAGGCAUCACUGUGCUUGCCAAUGACGUCGAGGGAUUCAUUAGCAAUGCCAUCUAUUUCAGUUAUGGUGAUGAAGACACAACCGGAAUCCUUGUCUUUGAUCUCAACACGCGGAAGGUGGAGCCUUUGCACAAAUAUGAUUGGUCUUCUGGUCAAUUCUUUGGCGGUCAAUGGUUCUUACCAAGUUUCACGCAUUCAUCAUGA